AUGGAGUGGCAGAUGAGAUUUCUAUGUUUCUUUUCUCAUCAGCUUCUUCUAAUUUAUGUGCUGAUAGGUCUUCUAGCUGUUUCUGGUGAAGAUCAAUCGGAUUUGUAUAUUGUUUACUUGGGAGACAAAAUAGAGAACAGAAAUUCAGCGAUACUGGAGGAUAAUGAUUCUGUGAUUGAUCAAUCACACAUUCAAAUUCUCUCAUCUGUGAAGCGAAGUGAGACUGAAGCGAAGGAUUCCAUACUCUACAGUUAUACAAAGAGUUUUAAUGCAUUUGCAGCUAGCCUAUCCAAAAUUGAAGUUGAAAAAUUGACGCAGGUGGACCAAGUGCUUUCUGUGUUCCCGAAUCGGUAUUACAAGUUAUGUACUACAAAAUCAUGGGACUUUAUCGGGCUUUCGCAAACAGCUAGAAGAGAUUUGAGAACAGAGAGCGAUAUAAUUGUUGGUCUACUUGAUACAGGGAUCACCCCAGAGUCAGAGAGCUUUAAGGACACUGGAUUCGGUCCUCCACCCACAAAAUGGAGAGGAAGUUGUAAACCCUAUGCUAAUUUCUCAGGAUGCAACAACAAGCUGAUCGGAGCAAAAUACUUCAAGCUUGACCGGAAAAAUGACCCCCUUGACAUCUUAUCACCGGUAGAUGUGGACGGACAUGGAACCCACACAUCAUCAACUAUACUAGGCAAUCCUAUUGCAAAUGCAAGCCUUUAUGGGCUAGCCGAGGGAACUGCACGCGGUGCUGUGCCAAAUGCUAGAGUGGCCGUCUACAAAGUAUGUUGGAUGAGCUCUGGUUGCUCAAAUAUCGACAUACUUGCUGCAUUUGAUGCUGCUAUUUAUGAUGGUGUGGACGUGUUAUCAAUAUCCCUUGGUGGUGCGGUUAUAAAUUACUCCUCAGAUGCGAUAGCAAUUGGUUCAUUUCAUGCUUUAAAGAGAGGGAUUAUUACUGUGGCUGCAGCUGGUAAUGAUGGCCCCAACUUGGCUAGUAUAAACAACCAUGCACCCUGGAUUACCACGGUAGCAGCUAGUGGCAUUAAUAGACAGUUUAGGAGCAACGUUGAGUUGGGCAAUGGCAAGACUGUAUCAGGCAUUGGGGUGGACACAUUUGAACUAGAGAAGAAACUCUAUCCCCUUGUUAAUGGGGCUGAUGUUGCCAGAGACAACAACAAAACUACUAAGGAGAAUGCGAGGUUCUGUAUUGAUGGCUCAUUGAACCCUACCAAGGUGAAGGGAAAGCUUGUUUACUGCCAGCUACUAAUUUGGGGUGCUGAUUCAGUUGUUAAAGGGAUUGGAGGGAUAGGCACUAUAAUUGGAAGUGACGAAUUUCUUGAUUCUGCCCAGAUUUUUAUGGCACCAGGGACUAUGGUCAAUUACAGUGUUAGCGAUAUCAUCACCAGUUAUAUUCAAUCCACAAGAAAAUCCGAAGCUGUGAUACAGAAAACACAGGAAAUAGAAAUUCCUGCUCCAUUUAUAGGUUCUUUUUCGUCCCGGGGUCCAAAUCCUGGGACAGAUCGCAUUCUUAAGCCUGACAUUGCAGCACCAGGCGUCGACAUCUUGGCAUCUUACACCCCAUUGCAGUCAUUAACUGGGUUGAAAGGAGACACCCAAUUUUCAAAAUUCACGAUCAUGUCUGGGACUUCCAUGGCUUGUCCUCAUGUUGCUGGUGUAGCAGCCUAUGUUAAGUCGUUCCAUCCAGAUUGGAGCCCAUCGGCAAUAAAAUCCGCUAUUUUGACCACAGCAAAACCUAUGAGCCGGAAGCUUGAUAGAUUAGGUGAAUUUGCCUAUGGUACGGGUCAACUCAACCCACUUGAAGCAGUGAGUCCCGGCUUAAUAUAUGAUUCGGAUUACAAUGCUUACAUCCAGUUUCUAUGCCACGUGGGGUAUACGGGAUCAUCUUUGGCUGUUUUAACUGGUUCAAAAUCCACAAAUUGUUCGUCAUUGAUUCCUGGACUUGGCCAUGAUGCUCUUAACUAUCCAAGUAUGCAAGUAAAAUUGAAUCUCCAACGACCAACCAGAACUAUUUUCCACAGGACAGUCACCAAUGUGGGUGCUGCUAUAUCGGUUUACAAUGCCAGUGUUACAGCUCCAACUGGAGUAGAAAUCUCAGUUAAGCCCAUGAGUCUCUCCUUCACUAGCACCGGCCAGAAACUCAAUUUCACGGUUGUGGUAAAGGCAAAUCCAAUGCCAGUUAACACUACACGAGUGCUAUCAGGUUCACUUGUAUGGAUAGCCCCUGGUCAUAGCGUUAGGAGUCCUAUUGUUGUCUAUCAAUAUCAUGAAUAG